CGCCCUGACGUCUUCUCCCCUAUACCUCCCACCCAUGUCAGAUUGGCUUUUUCACAAUUCUCUUUCUUGUCUUAUCCUCACUUCUUGUAUAACAUCGCCAGAGUCCUACUUUAAAGAGCAUGCCGCCUCCACCUCCACCUCCCCCGCCGCCCGGCGGGAUUGGAGGCCCUCCUCCCCCUCCCCCUCCAGCAAGCCUGCCUGCUAGACCCUCGAAAGGAGAGGUGAAAGACCGGGGCGCACUUCUAUCAGAUAUCAAUAAAGGCACUCGCUUGAAGAAGGCCGUUACCAAUGACAGAUCGGCACCGGUACUCUCAAAAGAAGGAAAUAAAUCAAGUGGUCCUGUUGCAGGCGCACCACCUGUUCCUACGAUGGCUAGACCAACAGGACUUGCGCCACCGGUUCCUUCGGGACAAGCAGCGAACAGACUACGAAGCAACAGUGGAGGAGGCUCGGGGGCUGAUAGUGCAGCAAGUGCUCCGGCGGCCCCGCAACUAGGUGGUCUUUUUGCAGGAGGAAUGCCUAAACUGCGCAGUCGUGGUGGCGUUGAUACUGGAGCCAAUCGAGAUUCCUCGUAUCGAUCAGAAUCGGAGGCUAGUACUCCUGUCGCAGCUGCGCCGAAACCUCCAGGGGUUCGUCCACCUCCACGGCCACCCUCUACAGAUCCUCCAGCAAACCCGUUAGUCGCCAAUCUUCGAAAACCACCCCCGCGACCAGCUUCAAGACCGUCAUCGUCUGCAUCUUCCGCCCCGCCUCCGCGCGCACCUCCUCCGUUGCCUGGAUCUUCAAAACCUCCACCCCCUCCAGUGUCAUCCAGGAAGCCCUCUGCUCCAGCCCCGCCGCCUCCGCCUUCCGCCAGCCCAGCUGCGCCUCCUCCACCUCCACCUUCAGUUUCCGCUCCUCGACCUCCUCCCCCCGCCCCUGCGCGAUCAACCCCUCCACCCCCUCCUGCGGCAUCUGCACCGCAACCUCCCAAUGGAGUAGGGGCCGCCUCGAUAGCAGUGCAAGCUGCUAGAAAUGCACUUGGACAGAAUAACCAGACACCGUCGGCUCCCCCGCCGCCUCCGCCCGCUGCAUCAGCUCCCUCAGCACCACCACCGCCACCUCCAGUCUCUCCACCUGCGGCUCCUGCUCCUCAGGCCGCCCCAACACCUCCACGUCCAAGCCCAUAUGAUCAUCACCCAGAUCGUUCUACGCUGGAUCCGAGCUCUUACACCCUCAGUAACGGCGGGCCGUCACCGGGAUCAAGCCCUCGGAGUCCAGGUAUGGGUGCGGCACAAGUAAAUGAUAGCCGGUUCAAGUUCCAAAACGAAUCACUACUUCCCAAGCCACGGCCGUUCGUGGGAGGUGUCAAGAGAUACCGUGCUGGUCGAGGCAGCAGCGUGCCCUUGGACUUGAGUUCCUUGGGCGGUUAGCUGAUGGUGACAGGAGCAAGCCGGUGGGUUGUCAUGUCUAUUCAUCUUGGUAGUUUCAAUAUUGUUUAUAGCAUGUCAAUCCACUUUCAAAUGAGAACUUUGUGUU